AUGUGCGGAUAUCAUCAGGAGUUUUCUGCUCCACAUCCUCCUCCGUUUGCAGAUGGAGUCCUAGGACUUGGCAGUUUCACAACAAGUAUUUUGUCACAGCUAAGCGAUCGAGGUCUAAUUAAGAAGGUUAUGGCCCUUUGCUUGAGUGAUGAACAUGGCCCUGGAUAUCUUGUUCUUGGAGAUUCUCAAUCAAAUUUACCAGAAACUACAUGGCCAAGGAAUAUGCUAGGGCCCGCAGACAUUUUGUAUAAUGAAAAUCGUCUUCCAUCUGUGAAAGGGUUGGCAACGAAGGCAGGAACCCCAGUUGAGGAUCCGUAUCUUCCUGUCUGCUGGAGACCAGAGGCAUCUACCAAUGACUUCGUGGACUCUUUCAGCUCCUUUUGUUUGAGCUCCACAAGUGCUAACGAUGUCUAUUUUGAACUAGCACGACUAGACUAUCUUACUACUAGUCCUCGCGGUAAUGUGUGCUUAGGGAUUCUAGAAAGCAUGCCUUUGCAGCGAAGGUUGGUGAUUUAUGACCAUGAAAACAGAAACUUGGUUGAAGUGGAUUGCAGCAAUCUACCAGAGCAGCUUUCUAAAUCCAAACAAAGCGGCGUGAUCCUGAGAGAUCAGGGAAAAGGGAAAGGGGACAUAGCACAGGGGAAAAGAUAUUGCUCUUUGACACAGGAGGAAAGAGAGGAAGCUGCUGGUCUUCAGGUCACCUAA